UAGACGCGAGUACGAUUCUUGUUUGGGCGGACAACGUGAAAAAACGGACGACCUUUGUAUACCGCGUUAUAAAACAAAACACACGCAUCGAAUCGAACGCGUAAUUUGUCGGUUAUAAAUACGGGUGUUUUGAGCGUGAUAUAUAUUCGUAGCGUGUGAAAUCAGUGCGACGGAUAUCAGUGAAAAUCCAGAAAGAGAAAAGCAUCGAUUGUCCUUUGUGUGAUCGUCGUUACUCGGCUUUUUGUUCCUUGGGACGCCACCGCGACGUGUCGUGCUUGGGGCUCGAACGAGUGAGAGUCUCAUCAUAAGCUUCGAGGUCCAAUUGCAAACAUCAUCGUGUUAUACCUGCGCGUCCCUCUCACAAAGUGCGGCUCAUCGAAGGUCUCGCUGUCUCAGCGAUUGAGAGACGUGGAAUGAUAUUUCGUCGAAAUUGAAGGUGCAGCCAAGCUCGGUAGGCAACGACGUGACACGCGAACCAAAUAUUUGAUACGUUAGGUAAGAAGUAUGCUGCAUAUCGUCAAAGUUGAAAAAAAAAUCGAUUUAACGGAAUAUUCGCAUAGUGUAACAGUUUCGCGCGUUAUUUGUCCGAUUUUUUAUAAAGUGCAAGAGUAAUCAGUUCGUUGAAUCCUUGAAAUUUGAGGUUGUGACACAGUUGUGCUUCGGUGACUAAAGAAAUCGAUAGAUCGUAAAUCGAUAGGUGAGACACGACCGAAGUAAUACAGUCGCUGGUGUUGAUUCUUUAUGCGACGUUUAUAUGUGUGUUCAUUUAUUCCAUAUACGAUAGAAAAAGUGCAAGCAAGAUAAAAGAUUAGAUGCAAUAUACGACACAUGAGGAGCAAAUUCAUUUAGAAUGUCACGAUCGUUUUACGAAGCCUUCCUCCUCGUGUGUCGUAUUCUGGCGCGAAGUCAAGUGUACAUAAUCGUAAAAUCGCAAAACUAGAAACAACAUACGAAUCCCAAGAGUUCGUUUCGCGAGCAAUGGCCGAGAGGCUGUUGGAGCUCUCGGGUAAGAAGACGGCGAGAAAGAGAGAAGGGCGCCUCGUAGUGGCUCCGAAGGAAAGGAAAACUCACCGUUCGCCGGCUUAUAGACAACGUCGGGUUCGCUUGCUUUCUUUCUUUUUCUCUCCCGUCUUUCCCCUCUUCUCCCUUUCACUCGACUCGAGGCUUGCACGAAAUCGCGUGUCGCUCCCGUACCGCGUAGAAAUGUCGCCUCCUCCGGAUCACGACGUUCCGUGAUCGCAGCUGUGCGCACAGCCGACGUUCCUCUUCCUUCUUCGUGGCCUUCCUCUCCGCCUACGAUCCGUUGGAAAUUCAAUUUCUGUGCAAACUUGUGAAAUCAAGAAGAAACGAAAAGUAGAAACUGGACAUAUUGGAUAUAGAGAAGAGCAAAUCACAAAGUAACCGAGAGAUAAAGUGACGCGAAAAAAGAAAUUCGAAAGAGAAAUUCAUAGUCGUUGUGUGUAUCGAACCAGAGAAAAAGAAAGAGCUUAUUGUCCUGAUUUAGAAGAAACGUGUUGGAGAAAGAGGAAAAAAAUAGAAAGAGAAAAAUAAUAGACGAACGCGAGCAACCGUGCGUCAUGCGUGUAUCUACACAUACAUCUCACAGAAUAGGAUAAAGGGCACGUGUGGGAUAGAAAUAAAUAAGAUCAGAGAGGAAUACAUUGGAAAGGAUGCGUCCGAUUUUCUAGUGAUUGAAUGUAAGCCUCGUUGCUUGAUACGUGGAUGAAAAAAGUGUUGCUGGAAAAACAACGGAAGAAGGAGAAGAAAAAAAAGGAAAGAAGGAGAAGGGGAAAAAGAAAAGAAAAGCGGCAAACGGCUGGCGACAGAGGAGGCUACUUCCGGUGAGCGACAAUAAGGAGUUGGAGCGACCGAAGGGAGUCUUUAAGAGGUUCCUGCGCGAUGUCGACGUCAUCCAGGGUGUGAUGGGGCCUCGUGGAGUCGGCUUUUACUAUGAGUUGAGGUCCUGUAAUUAAUCGGGACUGGCAUGGAGAAGGAGAACUCCGCAUCGGGCGGAGGUGGCGGGGGCGGUGGAGGUGGCGGAGGCGAAGCGGCGGCCGCGGCGACUCCAGGCGCCACCUCCGCCUCCGAGAAACUCCAGGCGGACCAGGCCAAUCCGUUGCUCGAUCCAACUGCGCUCUUCGGCGCGUAUUGGCCUCGGAGCGACAGUGCAGCUUCGUCGCUUUUCGGCGGUAUGCCGGGCGGAUAUGGAUUGGGGGCCCAUCAUUUGCCAUCGGCUUACGCUAUCCUGGGCCGUGGAGGUUCUGCUCCCGGAUUCGGGGGUCACACACCGGCUUCCGCUCCACCGCCACCCCCGUAUUCCCACAGCAGCCUUGGUACUCUGAGCGUGGCUGCCAGUCAGGCUGCAAGUUUAGGUAUCAAUCCCGCGAGUGCAGCAUGGUGGACGAUGGCCUCACACUUAGCGGCACAGGACUACCUCGCGAGGUUACAAGGAGCGGCAGGAUUGCCCGGAUUUCCGCCUGGCGCCGAGAGCCUCCUGCCACCAUAUCCUGCCUCGCUACUUAAUCCCCCGUCCUUGUCGUCCCACAAGUCCAGUAAGUCUAAGUCAAGCAAGAGUCACAAGACUCCCGCGAGCAGUAGCAGCUCGACGACGCCAAGUAUGACGAGCAGCAGUUUACCGGUCUCGACCCAAGCGCCGGUCACGUCCUCUCAUCACAGCACGUCGGCGAGCACCACGCCGAAUUCCCAAACGAACGUUGUCAGCGAUCCUAGCAGUAUAUUAGGAGGUGUACGCCUGCCACCCGAUACAGAGAUUAUCAAAUACACGUCGAGCAUAGUCGGUCCAAAGGUUCCUGGCACAACGAACCGCGGUAGAAAGAAGACCAUAUCCUUGGACACGCCGAGCGUGAGCGUACAUCCGCCCCCCGUACCCGCUCUCACCGCUCAUCAAACAAACACGACCACCACGUCACUGAUGAUGGAACCGAGAAAGUAUAAUCGCACGGGGAGCGAGUCGAACGAUUACAGGGAGUCGGUGGAUCGCGUGGAGGUGAUCAAAUUGCCGGCACAUUCGACGAACGGCUCCGUUCUACCGGCACCAUCUUCCUACACGACCACCACCAACACGAGCAACUCGAACGAUUCGGACGCGCCGCUGAACCUCUCGUUGAAACCGGCGACGACCAGCAGUAAUUCGCCGAUUUCCGGCAGCCAGCCGCUCAGCCAGCUCAGUAAUUUAAGUCAGUCGUUACUCGCCUCCGAUCGAACUUCGAGAAGAAAGCCAGGACCGAAGCCUCGAAGGGUGCCGCAGAACUCCGUGCCGGUGCCGGCAUCCCCUAGCCCUUCGUUGGCGCAGCUGUUCGCCGCCGCCGAUUCACCGCAACGACCGAGCAGCGGGAGCGAGGAGAGCGAGAGCGCAAGCACGACCCACCACAAGGACGGCCGGCCAAGGAACCUGGGUCGCGGCGUUUCGAAACCGAAGAAGAACACGGUUGCCUCGUUGCUCGCUCAGAGCAGAGCCCUGGGAAUCAAACCGACGCCCACGUUGGACCCCAGUGUGCCAUUGUCCCAUCAGGUCUCGUUACUGAGGUCGAAUAUUCUGGCUGCUCAAUUGCACGCUACAGCGACCGGUCAGACCGGUCAGACAGAUGACAAGAAUCAGCGGUCUUUGCAGGAGAAGAUGAAGAACAAGUUGCUCGAGGUCUCCGGCGAGGAGAGCAACAUGGACGUGACGAGCGAAAGCGGUAGCAACACAGACGUUGUGACGGAUACCGACGACGACAACACGGACGGCGUCUCAAGCGCGAAGAGAAGAAAGGUGAAGCCCAGCGAGAGGGAUCUCCAGGUGCCGUUGGAGCGCGGUUGGAAGCGGGAGACCGUCAUCAAGGGAUUGGGGAAGUCGGGAGUGAUAAAGGGUGACGUGUCUUAUUACAGCCCUUGCGGAAAGACGUUCAGAAGCAGCCCGGAUUUAGCCAAGAAUUGGCUGUUUCAGUUUCUAGAGCAACAGAAUCCGCCCGAGUUGACGACCGCCAACUUCUCGUUCUCCUCUCGCCCACUUGUAGGCGAGUUUCUACAACCGACUAUGGGCCUCGCGGAGGCGGAAUUCGUCAGGUUGGGGGCUCAGGAAGUGGCGAGAAGGUUGGAGGAGUUGAGAGCCGCGGGUGGUUUCAGGGAUUCGAGGACGAAUAACCAAUACGAGAGGGAGAAGUUGGCGUACGCGAAAAAAUUGGCCAAGGAGGAGGCGCAGCGACACAAGGAACAAGCUAGGUUGAUCAAGGAGCAAGAGAAAACGGAGAGACAGGAGGCGGUUAGACGGGAGCGGGAGAUUAGGAAUCAACAGUUGCUCGAGUUGGUUGCGAAGCUCGAAAAAGGCUCAGCCUAUCCUCUUCACAGUGAGACCACGCUAGAAAUCCAACCACCACCUACCACAACCAUCACCACCACUACCACUACCACCACGAUCAUUCACCCAAGUUGCUCAAAACAAUUGUUUACGAACGUCCUCCUCGAACGAAGGACGGGCCACCGUCGAAAAGAGCGACGGGUGUCACUCGCACGCGUACCACCACGUAAUCACGUACCUGCGAUUAACACGAUCGAUUAUUGGGCAUCCCUAAACCUACAAACGCAGGGUCGAAAGCGGCUAGCGUUCACGAUCAAGCAGAAAAUGAAGAUCAUCCAAGAGAUCGAACGCGGUAAGAGCAAGAGCGACGUGGCGCGCGAGCUGGGUCUGGCUAGCAGCACGGUGGCCACCAUCUGGAAGAAUCGGGAGAGCAUCGCGGAGAGCUGGAGGAAUCGCGACAUGAUGCAGCAGCACUCGGAUGUCGAGGACCCGGUCGCGAAAAAAACCGGCCUCCCCUCCGCGUCGUCCAAUUUGGCGUCUGUCACGUCACUGGUAACGAAUAGCACGGUGUUGAACACCGUGAACGCAACCAACAACACCACCACCAGCACCACGUUGCCCACAGCCGUCGUGGUGCCGCCUCCGCAGGUGCAGGUGGUGCCGCCACCGCCACCGCCACCACCACCACCACCACCACCACCACCACUACCACCACCACCACCACCACUACCACCACCACCGCCAUCACUGCCUCUCCCAUUGCCGACCACCUCCGCAACGGUCGCCCCUCCGUCGACGUCGCAACCCACGCAGCUCUCCACGACGCCAACCUCCAGCACCACGUCCACAGGCACCACCACGACCAACGCCAGCAUCAUGGACAAUACCCAGCAGGCCCAGACCCAGACGCAAAGUCAGGAGCUUCUGGAGGCUCGGAAAAAACGGCAGGAAGAGGUGGAGAAGAUACGACUGGAAGAACAACAACGAAAGCAACAGGAACGCGAGCUGAAGCGGCAGCAGGCAGUUAUGCUGAAAGAACAGAUGUACAUGCAGGAGCUCACCAAGCAGCGCGAGAUGCUCUACACCGUCGAGCUGGAAAGAGAACGAAGGAGGCAGCACAUGGCAUUGGUUCGAGCGUUAGAAAACCGCCGAAAAAUGGAGGAAAGGGAGAAAAAACGAUUGGAGGCGAGAGCUGAGAGAAUAGCAACGAAAGAGAAACGUGCCGAACAAAGGAAGAUGGAGAUGGAACUGAUCGAACAGAUCAGAAAGCCUGUUGAAGAUAUGGAACUAACUGAUCAUAGAUCACUGCCAGAAUUAAAACGAAUACCUGGUCUGAAAUUAUCCGGCCAAGCGUUUGCAGACAUCGUAAUGGUGUUUGAAUUUCUACAUAAUUUCGGCGAGACUUUAGGCUUUGAUAUGGAAUCGCUCCCAAGUUUAAAAAGCCUUCAAUUAGCGUUGCUCAAUGACGAGGAAGCAGAGGAAGAGCUUCUGUCCGUGAUGACACAUCUGUUAGUAUGCGCAAUCGAGGAUCCAGGAAUCCCUCAACCAGCGAGACACACGACAGGCCUUGGUCAAAGCCUCCGACAAGCUGACAUAACGCAUGCCAACAUCAGUGAGGUGUUACGAAUCUACUUAUACGCGAACGCGACAGGAGAAGUGAAGGCUCUGACAGGAGUAUGUCUAGAACGAGAACGCGAUAAGAAAUUUGCCGAUCAUCAUCAGAAUGGUGGUGAUUAUGCUUCGACCUGUUCGGGCAAAAAUGCUCAAUUUUACGAGCAUCUACAUAAUAACGAAACAUGGAGGAUGUCCGAAAGGUUGCGAGACAAACCAUUCCUAGCUUUGAAUCCAACACACAAGGCACAAAUGCUCGCGUUCCUUUGUAACGAGCUAUUGCAGAACAAAGCUGUGAUCAGACAGAUCGAAGGAAGCUUGGAAACAGUAGCUCAAUUAAGAAAAGAAAGAUUCGUAUUGGACACAAAGAUAAGAAAAUUGAGACAGUUACAUAGUCGAAAGGUACGAAUGGAAGCAGUGGGUGUAAUAGUUAAUAAAACUGGAGACACCAUUACAAUUGAGAAAAAAGAGGGCGAUGAGGAGGGUAACACAUCAUCAACGGCAGUAGGUACGACACCCACUCCUGAUGAGAUUCAUCAUGAAGAUGAAGUUGAAGACAUGUCCGAAAAUGAGAGUGAAGGAACUCAACCUGAGGAGGAAGAAGACAAAAAUCUCUCUGGUGAAGAGCUCGGUAAAAAGUUGGACAAAUUAUUAAAACAAUCAGAAGAACAAUUGCAAAAAUUGAAUAGCUCUUCAAAACAACUACGAGCCCACAUAUUUGGUCAAGAUAGGUAUUGGAGAAGAUAUUGGGAGUUAGCAUGCGCAGGUGGCAUUUUCGUCGAGGCCAUGGAAAGCGCAGAACCUGAAAUCCUCGAGUUGCAAGCUGAAUUAGACGAAAAGUACAAAGAUGUAUCGAUGGAGGAGAAAAGAGAAACAAAACAAGAAGACACUAAAGUCGAAAAUCGCGAGAAUGAAGCUCCUAAUGACGUAAAGAAGGAAAAGAAGUUCAAUUCAAAUGAUCAAGAAGAUAUGAAACCUUUAAUAGAGAAAACGAAAUCUGAAAUUGAAGAUGUUAAUUGUAAGAAAGAACCUAUGCAAAACUGUGAAAAUUUAACGAAUGUUAAAGAAGAGAAAAAGAAUGAUUUAGAUAAUUCAAUGACUGAUGCAAAAACCAAUGUUACAUCUGAAGAGAUUAAACAAGAAACAGAAGUAAUUAGUAUGGAUGUGGAUGUCAAAGAAGAAACAAAAAAAGAAAAUGACGAAACGGAUGAAGAUAUGAAACCAGCGGUAAAGAUGAUGGAAGAUAAAAUUGUUGAAACAAUUCCAAACGGUGAUAAAUUCAAUCAUGUGAAUAACCUUCAUAAUGGGAAGGAAUUGAAUGGCACCUUUAUUUCCAAUAAUAGUAACGAAUCGAAUUGGUUCUCAAUUUUACCUCGGGAAACUUGUGAUACUCCAGGACCAAGUACCAAACAAAUAUUUGGAAUAGCCGAACCAACUGAACUUAGAAUACCAGUAUUUCCUCCACCGGCUAGUCCAAAUUAUGAUAGAUGUGAUAGUCCUGCUCCUUUAAUUUUGACUCAAGACGAAGCAGCGCAACUUGAAUAUUUAAAAGUUCAUGGUCUACCACCUCCUGGAGAAGCUAAACCAGUACCAAAUGACUUAAGAUAUGGCUGGUGGAGAAUAACGGAUGUCGAUACGUUUCAAGAAUUGUUGGAACAUCUUCAUUCUCGCGGUGUUCGCGAAAAAGAACUAAAACGUACAACGUGGGCGACUAUGGAAUCUUUCUUAGCUGUUACAGGCAAGAUCAACGUAGAUCCUGGCAAUCUUACUGCUACAGAACUUCAAGCGACACCUGAUGAACCUGAUACGCCAAUUCCAAAACCAGACAAUCCGGCAGUCUGGAGUGAACAAGUUGCGCUACGCGUGGAUGCGCAAUUAUUGGAACAAGUUGAGGCCCUAGAAGAUAAAGUCGCAAAUGCCAGCAUGCAGGUCAAAGGCUGGAAACUGCCUCCACGGGCAGGAACCGAGGAGGCUGAAGAAAUUGAAAAACUGAACGAAAUGGAAAAGAUCAGUGCAGUUGAACAAGCACGGCAAAGGUUAUUGUCUCUAGAGGCCGCUAUAGAAAGGAGAUAUUUGAAACCACCGUUAGGUGUUUGUACGGGAGAUCCAAACUUAGCGGCUUUAAAGGCAGAACAAGCAGCUGCUGCAAAUGCGAAUUCGAAUAAUUCGGAUCAGAGCAAUCAGACCCCAGUACCUCAAGAAGAAACAACUCCAAGAGGGCUAAACAACUGGCGAGAGGCAACAGCUCGAGCACAUACAUCCGCUCAGCUGGCCAUGGCACUUUAUAUGUUGGAGGCUAGCAUCGCUUGGGACAAGAGCAUCAUGAAGGCUGUGAGUCUAACACCAGCUAGAAACUCGGUCUGCGUCAAGCUACGAAACCGCUGCGUCUCACUCAAAGCUACCACUCAAUACAAUCAGCUAUUGACUACUUCUCAGGCCUCUAAUUGUCAAUUUUGUCAUAGCGGAGAUAACGAAGACAAAUUAUUAUUGUGUGAUGGUUGUGACCGCGGCUAUCAUACUUAUUGUUUCCGUCCAAAAAUGGAAAACAUUCCUGAUGGUGACUGGUAUUGUCACGAAUGCAUGAAUAAAGCAACAGGGGAACGAAACUGUUUGGUAUGUGGAAAGAGAGUUGGUAAAAAUUUAGUAUUAUGUGAACUCUGUCCAAGGGCUUAUCACACUGACUGCCACAAUCCUGUUAUGCCAAAAAUGCCAAGGGGAAAAUGGUAUUGUUCUAAUUGCCACAGUAAACAACCAAAGAAGAGAAAUAGUAGUCGAAGGAGUCAUACCAAAGGGGGAGGCACCAGAGAAAGUGAAAGUUCUGAUCAUCCACCAGCUAGUCCAACGCCGUCAACGGCAUCGAACACACACGUAGAGGACGUCAGUUCAUCGGAACCAGCAACCCCAACUGCCUCACCACGGAAGGAGGGAAACAAUAGGACGCUCACGAAGAAACAACAACGAGAGUUGGCUCCUUGUAAGGUGCUACUCGAACAGUUGGAGCAACAGGACGAGGCCUGGCCGUUCCUCUUGCCGGUGAACACCAAACAGUUUCCUACCUACAAGAAAAUUAUUAAAACACCCAUGGAUCUCAGUACUAUUAAGAAGAAAUUGCAGGAUUCCGUGUACAAGUCUCGCGAUGAGUUUUGCGCCGAUGUCAGACAGAUGUUCAUCAACUGCGAGGUAUUCAACGAGGACGACAGUCCCGUGGGGAAGGCCGGACAUGGGAUGCGCAGUUUCUUCGAAAUGCGUUGGACCGAGAUUACUGGCGCACCACCUCCACACCCGCAAACGCAUAGCUGAGGCUCGGUUCGUUCUCGCAACACCUGCAACAGUUUUGCCCACUUCUACUACUAGAGGGUAAAACCCUCGAGAGUAUCAUUAGGAAUAUCAUCGAAGAGAUUAAUCGCGAGACCUGUUUUCUCUGUGCUCUGUCGGCCUCGUUCUAGCGGUCGAUUGAACAACUUUAAUUCUAAUAGAGAAAAAAAUAAUAAUAAAACUCCACGAAUGCGGAUACAUCUUCGUGCGCGUCGCGUUACGUGCGUGUUCUAUUCGUCUCUGAUCUUUUAUUCGUUAUUCGCCCGUAAUCGACGCUCGCGUGGGCGCUUCUCGCAUUCUAACCAUACAUAUACUUUAAUGCUCGAAAAUAAUCCAAUGGUGGCGAACGUUUUUAACGGCCCGUACUUCUCUCUGUAGCAUCAACGAUGAACUUAAAAAACGCGAUGUUACAAGAAUUCUAUAUUCGUCGAGACGCUUCUGCCGAACAAAACUCAAGUUGCGUUUAACGAACCUCAUAAGGAUUGUAAGUAGGAUAAAUAAGAGAAGCUUUAUCGAGGCCAGAAGCCGUAACAGAGAUUUUACGUAUACAAUUACGUUUUGUGAUUUGGAGCUUUUUAAAAUCGACGCGACUAAAAUAUCCAUAUGUGGGAUACUCUAUUGAAGCCUCCAACCUGACCUCCUCCUCGAGUAGAAAUGAAAUGCAAUGCAGAUGGUCACUGUACUUACCAAGUAAAACAAGUAAAUUUUGCCUAAGCGAACAAGAUGUAAUUUGCGAUUGUAUUAUACAGGCUUAGUGCCGGCAAAAGAAAUAUUUUGCAAAGUAAUGAAUGUGAAAAGAAGAGGUAUAUAUAAAUAAAUAUAAAUAUAUAUGUAUAAAUAUGAAUAUAGUGUAUAUGUAUACUAUAUAGAUAGUCACAUCACAUGAAACAUGCAAAACACACAUAACACCUCUGCCCACAAAAACAUCAGCACGAUAAGGGUAACAUUUGCUGUAGAGUAAGAUAUGCAACAUGACGAUGAAGUCAAUCUUCCAAUUAAGGACAUAAUUUAUGCCAUUCCACGGAUUUUGUCUCUAAUUUUUAUUGAUUUGUUUUUUAUUUUAAAUAUUUUUUGACUCACACAUGGGUUAUUGAUUAAAUGAUUACACAUAAAUAUAAUAAUUUAAUAACUCAAUGUGAAUUUUGACAACAGAAAUGUGAAUCUUUAUCCACAUUACAAGAAAUUUUAAAUAAUUUACAAAGGAGAAAAUUAAACUUUAAAUAAAUAAAAUAUGUAUUUGAAAAUGUAUAAAGAUAAAUAUGAACAGUUUUUAAUAACUAUGUUUUAAAAAAUCAAUUUAGCAUAUUCUAAAUCAAUACUGCAAUUAUUCAAUUAAUAUCAUUCGAAUCAAAUAUCAUAUUUAAAAGCAAUAUAUAUUAAAGUUCUAUUUAUUUUAAUGAAUGAUUAAUUGUAUACGUUGAAUGGCACGUUUCUUUUAACAAAGAAAGAAUGAAAUUAUAAAUUUUAAAGCAAGUAAUAAACGAUCGUUUUUUCUUUUUUUUUCUUUUUUUUUUUUUUUUAAAUAGUUUUAUCCUAUAUGAUGCGUAGCAUUACUAUGAAAUGUAAGCGUCGUUGAAUUUUAUCCGCAUCGAGUUCCAAACAGGACCUCAUUUAAUUGUUCGUAAUAAUACGUCAGUUUUUUAAGCGAUAUAUUCGAUUUUUCGAUAGGAUUAUAAUAAUGUAAUAUCUCACAUGCAGUGUACCCGGGAUGAUGAACAACAACCCAAACACGUUUCGAAAUGAAUAUCGUGCAUCAGGGCGUUGUAAGAACCUACUACGUAUGAAUGAUGGUGUCGGUAGUAAGUUUUGGAUUAAUUAAUAAAUCGCGGUACCUUCGCAAAUGUGACCAUCGCGUGACGUUGAAACGAUUAACACAAUGAUAUCUUGUUUUUUAUGUAAUUGAUGUACAUUAUUGCUCGUAAUAGCGGAUAGUUAUGUAAUAACGAAGGUUAAAGAAAAGAGAGAGAGAGAGAGAGAGAAAGAGAAAAAGAGCGUACGUAAGAGAGAGAGAGAGUUGGUUCGGCCGUAGUGAUAUGUGCUAAACAUUCGUAGUAUGUAAAAGUAUUAGCUAGAUUAUAAAAUGCCGUGUGAAAACGAUUACAAUGUGAAAGAUGAUUAAAAAAAAAAUAUGCGAGAUGCAAUUGGAUACGCAAAAUGGAUGUAUUAACAUCCUGAUAUAAUCUAAGAACGAUUGAUAGCGGUAAGAUCGUAACGAGUAAAUCGCGCGUUUCUUUAUUAUGACUUCUUCAUUUGCAAAUACCAUGAAUAUGUAAAAAUUUAUAUUUUUUUUGUUAAUUUUAUAUUUCUAUAAAUCAUCAACAUACGCUUUUUAUUUUUUAAAACAAUCGUUAUUUCUCAUAAUAAUAAAUGAUAUAAAAAGAUAUAUAUUGUAUAAUUUGAUACGUGAGCGCAAUGUCGGGGCAUUUCGCGAUCUUACCGAAGUUCUUAGAAUAUAAAUCGACAUAAAUGUAUGCAUAAAUACAUGUGUCACUUUAUGCACGCCUUGCAUCCUCGUAUUAUACUCGAUGCAUUAAACAUCUCAUACAUUCAAACACACUACCACCAACAACAAGAACAAAUAAUUUUUUAAGAUUCAAUUAUUAUUUAAAUAGUACAGUUACAUUGUUAGUAUGAAUAACGACGCUUUUUAUACGAAUUUUAGUUUUUAACGUCGAUCUUAUGAUAUAUUAUAUGGUAUAAUGAUAAUGACAAUGGUAAUAACAAUAACGAUAAAUGAUAUCGAUAAUGGAACAGAUUAAAGAGAAAUAAGAAACAGCGCAAAUGAGAAAGAGAAUACGAAGAAAGAACGGAAGAGCGAGAGAAUGAGAGUGUACGAAAGAUUAUCGAAAGACAAAAAGAGUGUGUGUUUAAGUUAGAUGAUUGUCUAUAGUAUAAACGAAGGCAUACGUUAGGUAGCCUUGAUGCUAUUUAAACAGACUUAAUUAAUGUAUUGCAAAUGAAUUAAUAAAGUGUAAGCGAAGCGUGUAUCUGUACAGUGAAA